CUGCUUUUCAUCUCCCUCCCUCCCCUCUCUCUCCACCUCUCUCAUCAUUGUGAAGGUGGUGUGAGUGGCAGGGCUAGGAGGAGGAUACACAGCAUUAGCACGGGCAUCCCCAGCAUCAUCACUCAGCAUCCUUCACCUAACAGGUAAACAUGUCUACACUUAUAGUUAUUCUGUACCUUAGUCAAUGUAUGGACCAGAAAUAAAGAAGUCAAAACACAAUGCAUGACCGCAAAUCAUAGAAAUGAGCUAAGAAAUUUGUUUGACAUAAUUUAAUGUGCUCACUGUCUUCUUUUUGGUUUACUUUUCUUUUGUGUUUACUUUCAGGCAUGUUUACUAGACUCCAUCGUCAUAUUUUAUUUGAAAUGUACAUAUGUGUAGACACUGAGUGUACAAAACAUUAGGAACACCUGCUCUUUCCAUGACAUCGACUGACCAGGUGAAAGCUAUGAUCCCUUAUUGAUGUCACUUGUUAUAUCCAAUUUAAUCAGUGUAGAUGAAGGGUUAAAUAAGGAUUUUUAAGCCUAGAGACAAUUGAGACAUAGAUUGUGUGUGUGCCAUUCAGAGGGUGAAUUGGCAAGACAAAAGAUUUAAGUGUCUUUGAACGGGGUAUGGUAGUAGGUGCCAGGCACACCGGUUUGAGUGUGUCAAGAACUGCAACGCUGCUGGCUUUUUUAUGCUCAACAGUUUCCCGUGUGUAUCAAGAAUGGUCCACCACCCAAUGGACAUCCAGCCAACUUGAUACAACUGUGGGAAGCAUUGGAGUCAACAUGGGCCAGCAUCCCUGUGGAACGCUUGACACCUUGUAGAGUCCCUGCCCCGACAAAUUGAGGCUGUUUUGAGGGCAAAAGGUGGUGCAACUCAAUAUUAGGAAGGUGUUCCUAAUGUUUUGUACACUCAGUCUAUAUUAUCUGUCAUGGGGCUAUAUUGCAUAAUGUUUGUGUUUAACUUCUGGAAUGUUCCUGUACUGGAAAAAAUGACUUCAAGAUAUAAUAAUAUUUCUUUACAUUUUGAAUAUCAAAUGCUCCAUGGCCCAGUUUUGGCUAAAAUAGAUUAACUUGUUAGCCAUCAUAAAACAGAGAAAGUGAGCAGUCUGGUGGUCUCAUGGUCUAAUUUACUGAAAAUAAUUGAGAUAUUUUCCCCAACAACAGGCUGCUCUCCAGGAAUGAUACAUCAUGGAACAUUAUUUAAUUAAGUAGCUCUCAGAAAGUAGCUGAAACAACAGUAACAGUUCAAGAUGGAUGAGUGUGUGUGUGUGUGUGUGGAUAUGGGUGUGUGUGUUCACCAUAAGUAAGCGACCACAGCAGCCAUUUCUUGGCGGGGCAGGGAAUUAAUCCAGCUAAUGGAUUCAUUACGAACAUGUGAGUGUGUGUGUGUAUAAUGCCCAGAAGACAUGGUGUGCUGAAUGUCUUGCCUUAACGACCAAAUCUCUCCCAAUACUUCCCAAUUUCCUGUCUGUGGACACACAGUGUCCUCCCAAUGUUAUUUCAACAUUAUGGCAGAGCACCUGGUCUGUGUGUGAGAAACUACAACCAUCUCGACUGUAUGCCUUUCUCGUGCAUCCCAUCCUUAAUGUUGUGCCUCUCCCUCUCAUCAUCCCCCUCUCUCUCCCUCUCUGUAUAGGACAGAAUGGCAGAGGGAUCAGUAUCAGUAGCAGAGGUGGAGACGACCUUCAAGAAGUUUGCCAUUCAUGGGGACACCAAGGCUACUGGGAAGGAGAUGAACGGCAAGAACUUUGCCAAACUCUGCAAGGACUGCCGGGUCAUCGACGGCAAGAACGUCACCGCUACCGACGUCGACAUCGUCUUCACUAAAGUCAAGUGAGAGACUCCGUCCAGUUUCAAACCUCCACGCUGACAGAUCCACAGUCAUCUUUCUAGUGAGAGGGAAUACGUCCAGAGGACCUCAGAAUACCAUAUCAGGAGUAAAAGAAAAACUCAAAAAAUGUUUGUGUCUGUGUAUUUUAGGGCGAAGACGGCUCGUGUGAUCACCUUUGAGCAGUUCAGCCAGGCCCUGUCAGAGUUGGCCCCGAAACGAUUUAAAGGGAAGGGCCAGGAGGAGGCACUGCAGCAGCUCUACGGUCUCAUCGCAGGGAAGGAGCCUGCCAACGCGGGCGUCACCGUGAGUGUCUACCUGUCAGCAGCACACUGCCUGAUAAUAUUACAGUCUCAGGAAGAGUGUGUGUGUGCUGUGUGUUUGCAUAUGUGUAAGGGGUGAGUAAGGGGUGAGUAAGGGGUGUGUAAGGGGUGGGUAAGGGGUGUGUAAGGGCUGGGUAAGCUCUUGCUCUGUAUCCUCAUCUCUCAUUCUCUCUUCCUGCUCAUAGAAAGUCGCCAAGGCAGCAGCGGUGGACAGACUGACAGACACCACCAAAUUCACAGGGGCACACAAGGAGCGUUUUGACGAGACGGGCAAAGGGAAGGGCAAGGCUGGGCGAGAGGAGAUCCCAGAUGCCAGUGGCUAUGUGGGGGCCUACAAGGGCAAGGGCACCUAUGAGGAUAAGGUCAAGGAAGCAUAGGCAGGAUAGAGAGAUACUCAGACCCUACCAUUUACCCCAAAUACCCCCUAAAUACUGUACUUUCAAUUAGAACUGAGAACUGCACAGGUACAGGAGGAUGGACUGUUCAGUCACUGGAUGCCAUAGUAUUAUAUAUCCUCAGAGUUACAGGGUGGGGUUGGGGUGAUAGGAUGGAGAGGGGAGGUGUAACGGCGAGGAGUAAACCUGAAUAGAAAAACAUGACCUUGAUUAGUCGAUAAAGACUAAUGAUUUCUUAGGGACCAAAUUGACUUAAAUAAUCUAUAUAUUCCCCCUUCCUAAACGCUCCAGCCCAACCCCUGGCCCUAUCCCUCCCAGCUUCACUAAAUGCCUCAGUCAGCACACCUAUUACUACAGGAAGUAACUCAGAUCCCUACUACUACACACAUUGUGCCUUAUCAUUGGAGGUUGCUACUAACACUAAUGCCCUGGUAUUAUGCACUUCUUUCACCCACAUCCUUCUCAACUGAUGUCCUUAGCUUCAUCUGCUCUGCUAUAAUAACUGUAUAUUGGAAAUAUAGACAGUUGUAUGGAUGAAUUAAUAAAUACAUUAUUAGAUUAUGUAAUUGAUUAAUGAAUGGUGAAUAAAUCAAAAGAGAUAUAGACUGUAUCUGGACAUUAUAGUGCUUUGCUUGUGCUGUAGAUAAGAGACAGAUGAGGACACUCCUCCACUCCUCUCCUCUCCUCCUCUGAGAAGAUGAGAACAUGAAUUGUUCUGUUUGGAGGACUGGGAGCCUCCUGACUGCACUGCAUUGUCUCCUAUUGGGUUGAUGUUCCUCCUGAUCACUGUACAGUCUAGCUGUGUCUCCCUCUAUUCUGAAGAGCUAGAAAAUACUAUGUAAACAUUUAAAUAAAUCACUGAGCAGCAAAUCAGACCAUGUGAAAUCGUUUUUUCCUCCCUCUCACACACACAACUCUAUCAAUUGAUAUCAAAGUCGUAGGGAUUAGUACUAUUCCAUGGGGUACUGCACACCCCAAAACACAGUAUUUGUCCCUAAUACCUUUACAAAGCCAGUCUGUUUCCUCUGUUAUUAAGUCAAUACUGGCUAUAAAGUGAGGGAGGACCUCCCCAAGACACAGUCACCCCUUGUCUAUCUGAGACCUGUGAUGAGCUGAAAGAUGUGAGGUGAGACACAUGGAAUGGUGUUUACUGUAGUGGACUGUGGUAUGUUGCUAUGGGUGGAACAUCCCUCUGGGAUAGGUGAUGAAUGAUACUC